AUCAAUCGGCACACCUGUCGCAGCUUCUGAUUGGCUGUUGCUGUUCUGCAUGCAGUGGAGCCUGCAACACAAAAAGCUGCAGCAGAGCAGAAUCUCUCAGUUCUUAACAUUUUCAGGACUCAUGUGUACUGAGAUGAUGCAUAAAGGAGAGAGGAAAAGUUCUGCUGUUUACUUGGCUGCAGCUGUUAUUCUAACGUGUUAUUUAGUGCAAACAAUAGACUGCUAUCGACUGAGGAAAACAGAACAACGAGAGGGGCGAAGAGAAGCUGACGCAGCCCAAACAGCAGCUGUCCAAGAGGGGAAAAUCUUGUUCGGGUCAGGCCUUGGGUCACAUGCAGAUAGGAACAAGAAGUCAUCCUCAAACACAUCUGUGGAUGAUGAAGCUGCUUAUCAAGCGGACUCUGCAGGCUGGUCGAAAGGACAAGUAUAUGACCCCAGUCCCAAAGAAGCAUCAUUUAAGCGCAUGGCACCUUCCCUGCAGUGUGGUGCAGACCAGAUGAAGUUCAGAGCAGUGGGCCCAGGAGCUACACAGUUUGCAGUGGAACAAGUAAACGCAGCUCCGAUACCUCUGUCCCAAGUCCCCUCCACCUGUGGCUACAACAUGCAGAGGAACCCGCUUGGGCUUGUUUUAUUGGUUCCCUAUGAUGGCUGCAACAUGGUUCAAGAGGGUGGAAAUUAUAUGCUCCCAAUGCGUUGGCAGGGAACUCCAGUCUCACUCAUGUGUCCCAAACCUGCAGCACCUGCUGCCACAACUGCUGCCCCACAUCACCCUGCCACUCAGGUGCCUCCAAUUCCCCAUCCCUAUUACUUUCCACCCUACAUGUAUCCUAAAUACCCCGUAGUACCAAAACCUACGACGGCAACGACAACAACUACAAAGAAACCACAAGUUCCUCAAUAUCCACAAUACCCGUUCUACCCUCCGUUUUACCCCUAUCCCCAACCUGUUCCCGUCACAACAGCAGCGCCCACCACCACCACUGCAAAGCCAGCAGCAGUCACGUUUCCUCCACCGAUGUAUCCUUUUCCUUUCUACCCUUUUCCUUGGCCCUUUCCAGGGCCUCUGCCAGCAACCCCGAAACCCACGACCACUACAACUACAACAAAGGCGCCAACUAAACCCCAGAUACCGCCGUUCCCACCAUACCUGCCUUUCUAUCCUCCAUUUAAUCCUUUUUACCCUCCCUUUAUACCUCCCUAUCCCAAUUUUCCAACCCCUAAGCCCACGACGACGACACCUAAAACGACUACAACGACAACCAAGAAGGACCCAACACCGCACCCUCAUAUUCAUCCGCAUGUCCAUUAUCCAUAUCCAAUUCCACCAUUUCCUCCUGCUCCUUUCCCCAUUUCAGGCUAAUCUGCUGAAACAGUUCUAAUAAAUGGUUUGAACAAUAAGUGACCCUGUCCAAUUGUUUAACCUGUAAACUUAGAGAAAUUCAACUGUGGGGGGAGGAAUUUGGUACCCUUUAUUCUAAGCUUAUGAAGUGGAUGAGGUAAGUGGUCCAUAAAUAGUUAGUACAUUUGAUUAGAGGCUCUUUGCAAAGUAAAGUGGUGCAUUUGACAAAUGUGAGACAUUGGUUAAAAUUGUCAACAAUCUAAGCACAAAUUUUCUCUUUGUGCAAAAAUGCAUACUUUUUCCAGCAUCUUCAAAAUGAGUUUUUCUCUGCAUCUAAAAUCCUGUUAUAAUUUUCAAUGAGUGACCUUUUCAUUACGGACCACUUACGGUA